AUGGGGACGGGCCCCGGCGUCUCCGGGCGCCGCGCGGCCUCCAGGCCGGGCCCGGGGCUGUCCUGCCGGGCGGGGGGUCGCGCCCGCGACCGUGAAGUCCAGGUAUGCCACCACGCUGACUGUCAGCAGCUGCACCACCGGGGACCCCUCAACCUCUGUGAGGCCUGUGACAGCAAGUUCCACAACGUCAUGCAUUAUGAUGGGCACGUCCGCUUUGACCUGCCCCCCCAAGGCUCUGUCCUGGCCCGGAACGUGUCUACCCGGUCAUGCCCCCCACGCACCAGCCCUGCAGUGGACUUGGAGGAGGAAGAGGAAAGCUCUAUGGAUGGCAAAGGGGACCGGAAGAGCACAGGCCUGAAACUCUCCAAGAAGGCAAGGAGGAGACACACAGAUGACCCAAGCAAGGAGUGCUUCACCCUGAAAUUUGACCUGAAUGUGGACAUUGAGACAGAGAUCGUGCCGGCCAUGAAGAAGAAGUCACUGGGGGAGGUGCUGCUGCCGGUGUUUGAAAGGAAGGGCAUAGCCCUGGGCAAAGUGGAUAUCUACCUGGACCAGUCCAACACACCCCUGUCCCUCACCUUUGAGGCCUACCGGUUCGGGGGACACUACCUACGGGUCAAAGGAUCUCUCAUUGCCCCCAAUGCUGCCCCAGCCAAGCCAGGGGACGAGGGGAAGGUGGAGCAGGGAGUGAAGGACUCCAAGUCCCUGAGUCUGCCAAUCCUGCGGCCAGCCAGGGCCGGGACCCCCUCCUUGGAGCGUGUGGACCCCCAGAGCCGCCGGGAGAGCCUGGACAUCCUGGCCCCUGGGCGCCGCCGAAAGAACAUGUCGGAGUUCCUGGGGGAGACGAGCAUCCCUGGCCAGGAGGCCCCCACGCCUUCAGGCUGUUCUCUGCCCAGUGGCAGCAGUGACAGCUGGAAGAACCGGGCAGCCAGUCGCUUCAGUGGCUUCUUCAGCUCGGGCCCCAGUGCCAGCACCUAUGGCCGGGAGGUGGACAAGAUGGAGCAGCUGGAGAGCAAGCUGCACACCUAUGGCCUCUUCGGGCUGCCCAGGCUGCCCCGCAGGCUGCGCUUCGACCACGACUCAUGGGAGGAAGAGGGGGAUGAGGAGGAAGAGGAAGAUGAUGGCUGCCUGCGGCUGGAGGAUAGCUGGCGGGAGCUCAUUGACGGGCAUGAGAAGCUGACCCGGAGGCAGUGCCACCAGCAGGAGGCGGUGUGGGAGCUCCUGCACACAGAGGCCUCCUACAUUAAGAAACUGAGGGUGAUCACCAACCUGUUCCUCUGCUGCCUCCUGAACCUGCAAGAGUCGGGGCUGCUGUGCGAGGUGGAGGCCGAACGCCUGUUCAGCAACAUCCCAGAGAUCGCGCGGCUGCACCGCGGACUGUGGACCAGCGUGAUGGCGCCGGUGCUGGAGAAGGCGCGGCGCACGCGGGCGCUGCUGCAGCCCGGGGACUUCCUCAGAGGCUUCAAGAUGUUUGGCUCCCUGUUCAAGCCCUACAUCCGAUACUGCAUGGAGGAGGAGGGCUGCAUGGAGUACAUGCGCGGCCUGCUGCGCGACAACGAGCUCUUCCGGGCCUACGUCACGUGGGCCGAGAAGCACCAGCAGUGCCAACGGCUGAAGCUGAACGACAUGCUAGCCAAGCCCCACCAGCGGCUCACCAAGUACCCGCUGCUGCUCAAGUCCGUGCUGAGGAAGACAGACGAGCCGCGCGCCAAGGAGGCCGUCAUCACCAUGAUCGACUCGGUGGAGCGCUUCAUCCACCACGUGAACGCGUGCAUGCGGCAGCGGCAGGAGCGGCAGCGACUGGCGGCCGUGGGGAGCCGCAUCGACGCCUACGAGGUGGUGGAGGGCAGCAAUGACGAGGUGGACAAGCUCCUGAAGGAGUUUCUGCAUCUAGACCUGACAGCACCCAUCCCUGGCGCCUCCCCUGAGGAGACACGACAGCUGCUGCUGGAGGGGAGCCUGAGGAUGAAGGAGGGGAAGGACAGCAAGAUGGACGUGUACUGCUUCCUCUUUACGGACCUACUCUUGGUGACCAAGGCAGUGAAGAGGGCUGAGAGGACCAAGGUCAUCCGGCCACCACUGCUGGUGGACAAGAUUGUGUGCCGAGAGCUGCGAGACCCUGGUGAGGAGCCUGGCCCUGCUGGCCUCUGGGCGGGCGGGCGGGCGGACGGACGGGGUGCCCUGGUGAGGCUGCUGUCCACAGCCCCUCCCCCCCCGCAGAACCAGCUGCAGCAGCUGCGUGCCCAGGAGCACCCCGGCGGCCAGCAGCACCUGCAGAGCCUGGAGGAGGAGGAGGACGAUGACGAGGAGGAGGAAGAGGAGGAAGGGGGGGAGAGUAGCGCUUCUGCCACCAGCUCCCCCACCAUCCUGCGCAAGAGCAGCACCAGCCUCAGCUCCCAGCACUGUGCCUCAGAUGGCUCGACUGAGACCCUGGCCCUGGUUGUAGUGGAACCUGGGGAGCCGUUGUCCUCUCCUGAGUUUGAGGGUGGCCCCUUCGGCUCCCAGUCGGACGAGACCUCUGUCAGCACCACUGCAUCCUCUGUCACGCCCACCAGUGAGCUGCUGCCCCUGGGCCCGGCAGAUGGCCGCUCCUGCUCCAUGGACUCAGCCUAUGGCACCCUCUCCCCCACCUCCCUGCAGGACUUCGUGACCCCAGCCCCUAUGGCGGAGCCAGUGCCCCGGCUCCCAGAUUUGCCACAAGCCCCUUCACCCCCACCCUCUCCCCGCCUCCGCCGCCGCACCCCUGUUCAGCUGCUGCCCCGCCUGCCCCACCUACUUAAGUCCAGAUCUGAGGCCAGCCUCCUCCAGCUGCUGUCAGGGACCACCCCCUGUGGAGCGCCUCCAGCCCCCAGCCGUAGUCUGUCAGAACUCUGCUUGGCUGUUACAGUCCCCAGCACAAGGACUCAGGGUUCCCCUCAGGAAGCUGGGCCCAGCUGGGUUCGCCGGGGGACACCCAGCCCUGGCCGUGGCCCCGUGCCAUUGGAGCUGGAGGGCAGAACCAGCUGCCUGGCUGGGGAGCCUGAAAGACCCGCCAGGAGGAGCAAAGAACUGCCCUUGGAGGCCUCGCCCAGGGUCCAGCCCGAGCACCCCCCAGGGAUCUCUGCCCAGCACCGGAAGCUGACGCUAGCCCAGCUGUACCGGAUCAGGACCACCCUGCUGCUUAACUCUACGCUCACUGCCUCGUGA